GCGGGGGCUGCGUGUGCUGGGACAGGGGGCACCCGCCCGGGGGGGGGGGUGGCUCUGGGUGCCCCUGGGGGUGUGUGGGGGGGGACACAGGUGCCCGAGGGGGCUUGGGACAGUAGGGAGGGACUGGAGAGGCUGAGGGGAGCGGCGUGGGGUGAGCCGGGGAAGGGAUGGGGGUACCCCACGGGGUGGGGUGAGCAGCAGGGGCCGGCGGUGGGAUACGGGGGGGAGCUGGGGGUGGGAUGGGGAGGACCAGGGGCGGAUGCCGAGUGGCCGGGAGGGACGCGAGGGGGUGCCGGGGAGGCGGGGGCCAGGCGGGGCCGCGGCGGCUCCACGUGGCUCAUUAGCGGGCGGCGAUUCAAUAUUUAUGAAGUGCUCUCGUUCGAGUCCCAAGUCUUCGGCUCCAGUUACAAGGAGCUGCGUCACCCUCCGAUCACAUGGUCCAAGGAGCUAAUAAAGGAAGCAAUCCUUGACAAUGACUUCAUGAAGAAUUUGGAACUGUCACAGAUCCAGGAGAUUGUGGAUUGUAUGUAUCCCGUGGAGUAUGGCAAAGACAGCUGCAUCAUCAAGGAGGGAGAUGUGGGUUCCCUGGUGUAUGUCAUGGAAGAUGGGAAGGUUGAAGUGACAAAAGAAGGCGUGAAGCUGUGCACCAUGGGACCUGGCAAGGUAUUUGGGGAGUUAGCCAUUCUCUACAAUUGCACCCGGACAGCAACUGUCAAAACUCUCGUAAAUGUGAAACUUUGGGCUAUUGAUCGGCAAUGUUUUCAAACAAUAAUGAUGAGGACAGGCCUCAUCAAGCAUACUGAGUAUAUGGAAUUUUUAAAAAGCGUUCCCACAUUCCAGAGCCUUCCUGAGGAGAUACUUAGUAAGCUUGCAGAUGUCCUUGAAGAGACGCACUAUGAAAGCGGAGAGUAUAUUAUCCGACAAGGUGCUCGAGGGGACACUUUCUUUAUAAUCAGCAAAGGAAAGGUGAAUGUUACUCGUGAAGACUCCCCCAGUGAAGAUCCAGUCUUUCUCCGUACUUUAGGGAAAGGAGAUUGGUUUGGAGAAAAAGCACUUCAAGGGGAGGAUGUCAGAACUGCCAACGUCAUUGCAGCUGAAGCAGUAACUUGUCUGGUCAUAGACAGAGACUCCUUCAAACAUCUGAUUGGCGGCCUAGAUGAUGUUUCCAACAAAGCCUAUGAAGAUGCAGAAGCAAAAGCAAAAUAUGAAGCCGAAGCUGCCUUCUUCGCUAACCUGAAACUGUCUGAUUUCAACAUCAUUGACACCCUUGGAGUCGGAGGGUUUGGACGAGUUGAACUGGUCCAGUUGAAAAGUGAAGAGUCAAAAACUUUUGCGAUGAAAAUCCUGAAGAAACGUCACAUAGUGGACACGAGACAGCAGGAGCACAUCCGCUCGGAGAAGCAGAUCAUGCAGAGCGCUCACUCGGACUUCAUCGUGAGGCUCUACAGGACAUUCAAGGACAGCAAGUACCUGUACAUGCUGAUGGAAGCUUGUCUAGGUGGAGAGCUGUGGACAAUUCUCAGGGACAGAGGUUCAUUUGAGGAUUCAACAACCAGGUUUUAUACGGCAUGCGUAGUCGAAGCUUUUGCAUAUUUGCAUUCCAAAGGAAUAAUUUAUAGGGACCUCAAGCCAGAAAACCUCAUUCUGGAUCAUCGAGGUUAUGCCAAACUGGUUGAUUUUGGCUUCGCAAAGAAAAUAGGAUUUGGAAAGAAAACAUGGACUUUUUGUGGAACUCCAGAGUACGUAGCCCCCGAGAUCAUCCUGAACAAAGGUCACGACAUUUCAGCAGACUACUGGUCACUGGGAAUCCUAAUGUAUGAACUCCUGACUGGCAGUCCCCCUUUCUCAGGACCAGACCCCAUGAAGACCUAUAAUAUCAUAUUAAGAGGAAUUGACAUGAUUGAAUUUCCAAAGAAGAUUGCCAAAAAUGCUGCUAAUUUAAUUAAAAAACUAUGCAGGGACAAUCCAUCAGAAAGAUUAGGGAACUUGAAAAACGGAGUGAAAGAUAUCCAAAAGCACAAAUGGUUUGAAGGCUUUAACUGGGAAGGGUUACGAAAAGGGACACUGACACCUCCUAUAAUACCAAGUGUUGCAUCUCCAACAGACACAAGCAAUUUUGACAGCUUCCCUGAGGACAAUGACGAACCACCCCCUGACGACAACUCAGGAUGGGACAUAGAUUUUUAAUGUAUUUCUCUUACCUGCUUCUGCCUUGCUGAAGACAGCUUCCUGGGACAUGGCUGCCAGCGAAACUGAAAGAACUGGGGAGGAUUCGUGCUCGGGGUCACCAUGAUGCCUUGAUUGAUGCUGCUACAGUAACUACAGUGGCAUUAGGACUUAUUGCUUAGAUGACAAUAGUGCUCUUCAUGUUUUAUGUUCAAACUUAAUAUAGCAGUUGACAUGGUGGUCCUGAUGCAAAGCCUUUCACCAGUAAAGAAACAUGUUUUCUAUCACUGCAAUGAUCUUGCUACGCUCUAAUUACAAAAGUCGAAAGAUACGUAGUGUAAGACACACUUCAUUCUAGCUGCAAGGUACUGGCUUUAUCAGUAGGAUCAAUAGUAAUUUAUUAAGUGCUGUAGGUAAAUACAGUACAGGAUUUGGGCUUCUCCCACACUCCAAACUAGGUAGGUCUUCUGCUGUUGGCCAGUGUAGGAACAAAGGAGGACAGCAACGGUACUGGUCAAAGAGUUCAUGUCAAAGCAGUGGUAAAAUUUGUCCGUUUUCUUUCCAAGCAGUGUUCAUGACAAGAAUGAAUGUUACUUUUCCUCUACGUUUUGGAGAAUUUUUAUUUAAUCUGGUAAAACAAAAGCACAACUGCUCUAGAUCCUGUUAAGGCAGAUAUGGGUCGCUUCUCUCAUAGAGCUGAGAACAUAACGUAACAUGACGUUUGCAUUUUUUCCUUUCCUUUGGUACAAAAACAUAAAUGCAUGGAAAGAAAUCAUGAAAUUACCCAUUUUACCUAUAAAAUAGUAAUAUAAUGGUCCUAUAAUAAAGCAACAGCAGCCACCUGGUCUUUUGGUUAGCUAUUAACCGGUUAUUGAUUAGCUAUUAGGCAUAAAACUAAGCUUAACUUUUACCUUUUUAGAACCCAAAGGGAAAAUAUAAGACCCGUAAUGUACUUUAUAGGUGCUACGUACAUCCUUCAUCUGUGAAUAUACCUAUUCAGUCAACCACCAUUUCAGAAAUAUGUAGCAAGAGGCAUCGUUCUCCAUCAUGCUCUUAGAACAGAUGAGUUUACGUCUCCAUGUCUGCAUCUCUUCCAUGUUUAUUACAAAGCUAAUUAAAACAAUAUAAAAUGUGGUGGAGGGCCAGUUUGCUGGCUCUGUUUUUAGCAUUGCCCAUAAAAAUGUAAUCCUAACGUCUCACCAAACUAAAUCGGAAGGAGCUCCACAGAAAAGACGGUGGAAUUUAGUGGAAAUCUGAUAUUUCAUGUGGGUUUGUUUUGUAAAAGUUACCGAUCUGCCUUAUCACCAGUGUACCAAGACCCCGGUGACCACAUUUAAGGCACAGGGAUGGCCAGAGCUGGAUCGGUUUGUGUGAAAAAUAAGCCAGGGAGAAGGAUGUUGGUACAUGUAUGCUUUCCUUCCCCUGACUUCCACUGCUUUUCCUUUGCUCUAGUGAAGUCUCUUCUGGUUUAUACAGAUGUAAGAAGGCAAUACCGUCCUAUAUGCCUACUCACAGAAUCACAGAAUUUCUAGGUUGGAAGAGACCUCAAGAUCAUCGAGUCCAACCUCUGACCUAACACUAACAGUCCCCACUAAACCAUAUCCCUAAGCUCUACUCGUUGCAUUGUACAUGGGUCUAAAAGUUUAUUCCAUUGUACCAACAAGAAACAUCAGCUUUCUAACAGACCCUGCUCCCACAGUAACAAAUGCUGCCCCAUCUCAUCUCAGAGUUGUCAAGAGCGGCUACAUAUCCUGGAAGUCAAAAGAUCAACUUUUGCUGACCAUUUUUGCAUAGUGUGCAGAAAACGUAUGUUUUAACGGUAAAAAAUAAUUUCUCCAAUGCUAAAUCUUUUCUGUGUUCCUAAUGGAAGUGACUUCCAUAGUCUUAAUAGAACAUAUGAAAAUGAUGUUUCCUCCGCUUCCUUGACAGCAUCUACAAUGUCUGCUGCUUGACAGCAACCUAAAGAGCUUGGUCACCACAGAGCCCUUCAAACCCAGUCCAUUCUGCUGAAUUUUCUCCAUAGUUAUGCAGAAGGGCGAGGCAACGUCAUCUGCACAAUAACGUCAAGUCAUUUUUUUCCGCUGCUCAUCCGUCCCAUGCAGCAUCAUAUUAAAAUUUGUUUGCCUUGAAAAUGGUAGGGAAAAGACAGUAACCACGCCUACCAGGAAUCACUCGUGUAGAGCAAAUACUUAGUUUUCAAUCCAAAGGACUGAAAGCAAACGCUGAACACUAGGGCUAAAACAGUCACCAGUCAUCUGAGCAAACAAGCAGUCACACGCCUGCUGCAUGAAAGCUGAGUUUGUUAUUCACGUCCCCCCCGUUUUUUCACUCAGUGCUGUGGCUACCGUGGAGGACAAAACUCGUUGCAUUUGUUGGCUUUCUACAGAAGUACAUCCAGAAGAGUUUGUCUCAAUACAGUCACAGUGAGUAGCUGAGAUUCAGCUGUCUGUCGAGCAAAGGGUUGCCAGAAGCAUCACGACCCCUUGGGGGCAACCCAGAAAUGUUAUGGGAAGAAUGUUUUAAAAUGGGCUGAUGAGUUAUUUCCUUUCUUCCUAUCCGUUUUUCCUUGUGCCACACACCUCAAGACCUGCAUCAUGUGGCAUGCACUGUACUGAAUAUAAAUUUGUUUUGGUAUCAAACACCUCACUCGACUUCCAUCACUUUUACUAAGCAUCUUUUAAAUGACAUACUUAGCAUAUGUAUAUUAUAGACGCCUUCAUUUAUAAGUAAUAUAUUUGAGUUGCAUAAUAUAUAUAUAUAUAUUCACAACAACUGAUUGCCUCUGCGUUUCCACUUACUGUCUUUUCUUUGUCUCCUUUUUUAAUAUAUGGGACAACGGUGGAUUUAUGCAAGGGGAAAUCAGCUGCAGUAUUUAAAACAAGCGUAUUAGGAUUGGUGUCAUAAGAUACAGAAGAUCUGUAGCUUCUUACAGUGCUGCAUUAUCCAUAGCAAACUCUUAUUUAACAACAGGACCACAAGCAAAUAUUUAUGUAAAUAGGUAUUUUCGUGUUGAUAUUUUGUGGUACACAUAUAACUUUUUAUUUAGAGUUCCAUGGCAUUAUUACUUCAUUUUCUUAUUUGUAAUGUAAUGUUUUUAGAUCGAAGUAGACUUGAAUUAAUGUCAUAAUUGUCAGUAUUAUUAAACUUUAUGUCGACUGUACUGUUACUCAUCUGUCCCAUAGGUUUAGAACAUGACUAGCUAUCUGGCAUUGUUGCAAGUGCCUUAAAUCCAUGGCAUCCUAUAAAAAAUACAAAUUUGGUGUUAUGCUGCAUGACAAAGACAAACACACCUCAAAAUGUUGUCCUUUCUUAGCUUGCUGCUUUUUACAGUUCUUUCUGCUAACAAUUUAUAAGCCUUUAUUAUAUAAUAUUGAUGAAUUACAGAAAUGAUGAAGUCGUUCUCUUAUUUCUGUUAAAUGUACCAGAGCUGUGUAUCUGUUAAUGAGAUACAGAGUCAUUUCUGUGAAAUGUAUAAAUGUAUGUGCGGGUCAAAUUAAUAUAUGACAUCCUAUCAGUCUGUAUACAGGUAUUCCUGUUUCGCUAAGCUGUGCAGAUCCAGCCCAUAGUGCAGUCCGGCUCCAGUGUACCGUAUUUUAUAAAACCCACGACAAAUGUUCUGCCCCGAAAAGCGAUGAGCAGCUAAAGGUGAAUUGCCAUUGUGUGCUACUCGCGUCUCUGAGGCGAGACCGGGUGCCCCCCCAAGAAACGCCGCAGUAGCUCAUUUGAGCCCCUCGACCGAGCAGGAUCUGUGCUUUCCGCCAGCCCCCCAUGCAGCCCAUCGUGGAGGCAAGGCCCCAGCGAUGCCAUUUCUCCAAGCUGCCGGGCAUCACACCGGGACUCAGCCAGCCUCAGGCUCUACGGGCAAAAGGAAAAUUUUGUGUGGAGUUGCCUGUCACCCUGAGUCCGAUUUAUGCCGUUUUUACACUGGUCCUUUAUUUUUUGUAAUCUGAUUUCUCUGGUUUUCUUCUUACAAUGGAUUCUACAUAAAAGAGUUUUCUUGUCCGUCAGAAAAUUGUCUUGUCAUCCGAUGGUCGUCGACCAGUUGCACUCUUUUGAUGUAGAUUGAAGAACUUUUUUUCAUGAACUUAACUGCUUUCGUUUUGCUCUGUAUUUUCCCUGCAGCUGUAAUUGCCGAGUGCCUGUUGUAUACUUUAUAGAGUUGAAAUAAAAAUAAUUACUUUUGA